AUGGAAAAAGCCGGCAGCGUCUUCAAGAGCGAAAAGCUCGAAGAAAAGGGUGCCUCCAAGCGCGACGCCGCCGCCGGCACCAGCCACGGCGGCACCGGCAGCUACGGCCGCGACAACAACGACCGUGACUCCGACAGCUACGGCUCCUCGCGCCGCCACGACGAUGAUACGUUCGGCCGCGGAGCCGGCAGCGACACGUACGGCUCCUCCACCGGCGGUGGUCGUCGCGGCGACGACGACGACACGUUCGGCAGUAGCCGCGGUGGCGGUGGUAUCGGUGGUGGUAGCGAUUCGUACGGCACCUCUGCUGGUGGUGGCAUUGGUGGUGGUCGCGGGGGCGUCGAGGACCGCUACGACGCGACGAAUGACCGCGAGAACGAAUAUGGCCGCACGGCGGCUGAUCGGGACGCGGCCGGGUACGGCGGCGGGCUGGGCGGUGGUGACAGCUACGGCAGUGGCGGCGGCCGCGGCGGCGCCGGUGGACGGAGGGAUGAGUAUUAG